AUGGCAGCGGCAAGAGUGUUACGUCGGGGCGCCUCUUGGGCGAGGACGCGGCUUCUCGUGCAGGCUCCGGGGGCGAGGCUCGGCUGGCGACGCCAGGCUCAUUCGGGGCCGGGAGGAAGCGAGGUGCAUGGAAAACACAGAUGUUUCAGAAAAGGGCUUGCAUUCUCAGUACUAUCUUACUUGGGAUAUGAAGCAUAUGUAUUAAUCUCCCGGUCUUCUACUGUUCAGGCUGAUGAUCAAAGUGACAUUCUAGAUCAAGCAGAUUACCUGUAUGGGAGUGGAGAAACUGAAAAACUCUGUCACUUGCUAGAGCAGCACAAAAACAGUGAGAAUGCGCAGUUGCUGUGGCGCCUGGCACGAGCAUCACGUGACCUCGCUCAACUUAGUCAGACUCCUCCAGAGAAAAAGAAAGCACUGACAUAUGAAGCCCUUGGUUAUGCAAAGCAAGCCCUUGAAAAAGACCCCUCCUGUUUUGCAGUGCACAAGUGGUUUGCAAUUUGCAUCAGUGACGUGGGAGAUUAUGAAGGAAUAAAGACAAAAAUUGCAAACGCUUUUGUUAUCAAGGAACACUUCCAGAAAGCAAUUGAGCUGAAUCCUAAGGAUGCUACUUCACUUCAUCUUAUGGGCAUUUGGUGUUACACAUUUGCUGAAAUGCCCUGGUACCAGAGCAAAAUAGCCGCAGUCUUAUUUGCAACCCCACCCAGCUCCAACUAUGAUGAGGCUCUACAGUACUUUCAGAAGGCUGAAGAUGUUGAGCCAAACUUCUACAGUAAGAAUUUGCUAUUCUUGGGAAAGACAUACAUGAAGUUAAACAACAGAAAGAUGGCCCUUUUGUGGUUAACAAAAGCCAAGGAACGGGUAGCCCAUACAGAGGAAGAUAAGCAGGUCCAAAAAGAAGCUCAGGAAUUGCUAAAUUCUUUGUGACAAGAUUAAUAAUUAAAAUGUAUGGAUCACUUUGAGCCA